GCAAACAGACCGUACGCAUCUCAAAUUCUCAGCAAAUAAAUACUCUGCUCCUGUUCCAUCCCUCUUGUUCUGCAUUCGCACCCAUCGCCUCACCACCCACCGCUUCACCAACACAAGAAGGAAGCCGCUUCUUCUGGAGUUGCUCCUCCUCCCAUGGCCGACUACAACCGCUACGGCCACAGCUACGCCGGCGGGUACAGCAGCCACGCGCCGCCGCCGACGGCGCCGCCCGCGCCCGCGCCCACCACCUCCGCGCCGCCGCCCCCCUCAUACGGCUACGGCGGUUACCCGUCAGCCUACCCGCCGCCGCCCCCUCAGACGGCGGGGGGAUUCGGUUUCGGCUACGGCUCCGUCCCCGUCGCCUUCCCACCGGGGACGCACCCGGACAUCGAGCGUGCCUUCCGCGCCGCCGACCGGGACUGCAGCGGCGCCAUCGACGAGCACGAGCUGCAGGGCGCGCUCUCCACCGCCUACCACCGCUUCAGCAUCCGCACCGUCCGCCUGCUCAUGUUCCUCUUUAACGACCCGGCCUCCUCCUCCCCGUCACGGAUGGGGCCAGCACAAUUUGUAUCCCUCUGGAAUUGCCUUGGGCAAUGGCGGGGUAUUUUUGAUAGAUACGAUAGGGAUCGGAGUGGAAAAAUUGACUCCCGUGAGUUGACGGAAGCUCUUCGCAGCCUUGGAUAUGCCGUUCCACCUUCUGUUAUAGAGCUUCUUAUAGCGAACUACAACAAUGGUGUGCCUCGCAAUGGUGCACUAGACUUUGACAACUUUGUGGAGGUUUAACCGAGAAAUUCAAGGAGAAGGAUACCCGAUACACCGGCUCAGCAACUCUUACAUACGAUGGAUUCUUGUCAAUGGUCAUCCCAUUCAUAGUCCCGUAGAUUCUUUGGUUCCUUUUGAUCCUUAGACCAAUCACUGCUGUACAUUUGUACUUCUAGUCAUCAUGGUUCUCCCCUAGUUUGUGCAUAUGGAAAUUUUUGUGACUAGUGAGUGGUUGUCAUGUGCCCCCUUUGCCUUGCAAAUUGACUUGGUAAUGUAUCGUAUCUUGUUGGUUUUGUACGUUAAGAGGGAGGGUUUCAGUUUCAUGGAAUUUACAUCUUUCAAAA